UCGGAAGAUGCCUAGAUGUUGCGGAUGCCGAAGAUGCCACUCCCCACAGCAUGGUGUGUCAAGCAGGCGCAGCGCUGAAGAUGACAGAUCGCAUCCUUUGGGGUGAAAUUUGCAACCACCAGCAUGGCGGGAAGCCUACAGAUGAAGCUCGGAAGCGGCAAGAUGGUUACCUUGCAGUGAAUGUGGCAUCGGUGAUCGAGUUCGAUGCGGACCAUUUUGCUGAAGGAGACCACGUCGCAGUGAUCGAUUGCAUGACGUUUGUCCCUGAGUACAUUCCGGUGCUGAAGGCGUUGGAGAAGCAGCGGGACAGCAAUUUGCCUUUCGAGGGCGGAGCGUAUUUGAAUCUAUGCUCUUGGCACCGACCAGAUGUGAGCAACGUCCUCGGCGAGGACGACGUGCACAUGUCAAGACUACAAAGAAUGGUGGACAGCCUUAUCGCUGAAAGCACUUUGCAACCCUUCAUCGAGAUUCGUCGCGACGAACAUUUGGCAGACAGGUGCUCUGCAGAGAUCACAACGCUUCUGCAAAAGGCCACGUUGGACCCUGGUCAAUUGCGAAGCUUUAUCGAUGGCCUCCGCAAUCCCGUGCACCUGACCCAAGGAGCCCGGUGGUUGGAACUCCACCCAUCUUGGUUCUGUCAUACAAGAACCAUGCAAUCGAUGAGUUCCUUGUGGACUUGGUGACAGCCGAGCCACAUUUAGGAAGGAAACCUGACAUGAUCCGGAUUGGAGGUGGUGCUUCCCUGGAUCAACGCCUUUGGAAUUUCUCAGAGAGAAACUUGGGCCGGCAAGAUUGGGAGGUGGGGAAGCUUCGGCAACAUGUGCAUUGGCUCCAUGAUUUGUCCACUUCGUGCAAAGCGUUGUCGCAAAAAAGCUCCAGCUUCAGCGGCUACCAGGUCGACAUGUUCAAGGCCGCUUUUCCAUCUGAGAACGAGAAAGACGCCGAGAAGAGACGACGAAAAUGUGCUUAUGAAGCCACUGACCAGCUUCUCGCCAGAGCCUCAGCUUCCCGCAGUGGUUAUAUAGC